AGUAUUUAAUCUUCCUAACCGAGUUAACGUGCAACACCUUUUGACAGCAAAGUGUUAACAAAGAAGUUUGAAAUACUACAUUAGCGACACUCUUGGCAUUUGGUGUAUAACUCAGGGUAUGUUUGUAUGCUUUAUGUUUGUCGCCGGCUCCAGAAAGUUACUUUUGUGAGUCGCUUUGGGUCAAAAGGUAGUUAGUGGAGCUAGUUCCGCCUCGCUCUCUCUCUGUGAUGGACAGCAGCGACAAGUGUCAAAAGUAAUCAGGGGUCAACGAGGUACAGGAGAAACACGUCUCCUGCCUUUUGGAUACACUUCCACACAAGUUGACCGGUUGCCAGAAAAGGAGUGCCGUAAUAACUGCUGCUAAGUCGAAGAACUGCAAGGACAGCAUUUCUGGGGACUAUUUCAUCGCCUAUCAAUGACCUGCAAUAGAAACGAUGAGGUUGACCUGCAACACGGCACAACACCGGGUGAAGAAGGAAACUCGGGUGGGGGAACGCCUCCAACUAAACGCAAAGGCAAGUUCUCCAAAAUGGGAAGGAUCUUCAAGCCCUGGAAAUGGAGAAAGAAGAAGCCAAGUGAGAAGUUCACUGAAACAUCGAUAGCCUUGGAAAGAAAGAUUUCUGUCAGAAAAAGUCGGCAAGAGCUGAUUGCAAGAGGGCUUCUAAAGGAUAUCCCAGAGAAUGAGAGCAAUGAUGUAAACCACUCCAAAGCUCCACCAGUGAAAAAUGGACACCCUGUGCCAAUGGACAUGGACAGGGUGUCAGAAGCAGGGGUGCGAGUGUCCCGGGGGGAGUCUGACACUAAGGCGAAUGCCCUCAGGCUGCCCCAAGCAGAUGAACGUAGGAACCGAGCGCCGUCCGAUGCCUCCCGAAGUAACCGUGCACCUCUGGAUGUGGACUCUCACGCACGGCUUUCUGUGGACGUAGACAGACGGAGCCGUCUGCCGUCAGAUGUUGAUAAGAGAGGUGGCUCUUUACCCCGAGGGCCUCCACAAGAUGAUAGAUACCGCAGAGAAGAGAGGAAAGAUGGCAAAGAUGACAGGGAGGACAGAGGAAGGAAAAACAAGGAAGACAUAGAAAGAAGGGACUGGCGAGAGGAAAGGGAAAGGGAUGGGGGAGUGGACCGGAGGGAAGACAGAGACUUCAGAGAAAGGCGAGAAUGGAAAGAUGACAGAGACAGAAGAGAUGAAAGACCAGACAGGGACAAUAGAGAAAGGAGAGAUCGGGACGAGAGGGAGAGGAAGGAUCGGGACGAGAGGGAGAGGAAGGAUCGGGACGAGAGGGAGAGGAAGGAUCGGGACGAGAGGGAGAGGAAAACUCGGGACGAGAGGGAACGCAGGGAUCGGGACGAGAGGGAAAGAAUAGAUCGGGACGAGAGGGAACGCAGGGACAGGGGAGAAGAUAGGGAUCGGCGGCCUGAGAGGGAAAGGAGAGACAACAGAGAUGACAGAGAAAGAGAAGACAAGGAGAGAAAAGACAUGCGAGAAGACAGAGAGAAACGAGAGGAAAGGGACAGACGGGACGACUGGGCCAAGAGGAAUGAAAGAGAGCGACGAGAUGACCGGGAAAAGAGGGAGGAGAAGGAUAGGAGAGAAAAGCUGGAUCCUCAGCGCUCUGUGGAUGACUCGCGGCCUACAAGGCCCGUCUCUGAGAUGGACUUGCGGCCUCUUCUACAGAAGAGCUCCUCGGAGGACAAUAAACGGGCUCGUCCAGCCUCAGAGGCUGACAAGAGGACUACCCUGCCCAGAUACAUCCCAGCUGCAGAGUUCAGAGAACGCUCAGAGUCCGCUGGUGUCCGCUUCGCCCCUGACCCUCAUCCAGCACAAGACUCUCAGCAGGAACCUCCGCCAGGCAAACAGGCUCUGCUUCCCCCCAAAUUUCUCACCACUCCCUCCACUGAGUCCGGCAGGAGUCCAACCCCCACCCCUUCUUCAUCCUCCUCCUCUUCCUCCUCCUCCAUUGUCUCCGCCGCCGUAGCUGUGGCCAAGCCGCCGAGGACGGUCUCCCUAAUAGCCGACGACCCACCUCGACCCGCUCCUUCCUCUGCUGACUCUGACACCCCGCCCCCCGUCCCUCCCCAUGCCAAGCAGCCUCCUGUCCCUCCACCCAAACCCACCAACCGCAACAGCAACCCCGCACUGCUCGCCUCCUCAUUGAACAGGGGCUCUAAGGUCAGGCAGCCUUGUUACUGGACCAGCUGGAGACGGCAGAGUGAGCUCGGCCUGUACCUUUCUCUACCUGUAUACCUGCGGCACAGGGCUGCCCAGACCUGCUCAGCGGAGCUUUCACAGCAUGGCAGUGGUAUCAUCAUAGUGCCAGCACCCACUAAGCGCUCUCCACCGACGCCACCAAAGAGGAUGACCCCUGUCACCAAGCGCCAUUCUGUGGACCCAUCUCCUCCCAGUCAGGCCCCAGAGUCUCCCACCACUGACCCAGUGUCCGCCCCUGUACUGGUGCCCCCUGCUGUCCUUAAAGGAGAGAACAGCGAGGACAAGCCAACUGCAGCAGCUCCUCAGACCUCCGCCGAGUCUCUGCCUUCACUGCCGUCCCACAUACCUCCAUCCCCUCCCAGAGUUCAGUCGCUCCAGCAACCCCAGCCGCCCAGCAUCUCCUCCUCUGGUCCUGUGCCCGCCGGGCAAGCUGAUCCCCCGAGCCCGACCACCGAGCCUCCCAGCCAGCCUCCCAGCCAGCUUCCAGCCAUCCCCUUACACAUCCUCAUCCAGAGAGCCCUUGCCAGCCCCGGCCCAGCUCAGCCCAACCCAGACGGCUCCCAGAGGGCACACUCACUGCUGUUUGAGUCCCCUCCAGAAUUCCUCAUCGAGGGGCAGGGCAACUCGAGGCAUUCUCUCCCUAUCACCAUCGAACCUCUCAGGCUGCCAGAAGAUGAUGACUUUGACAUGGAGGAAGAGUUGCAGAAGCUACAGCCUCAGAGGAUUCCUCGCCAGGCCGAGCUGGAGCCCCGCAGCAGGAGGGGUUUGGUCGGAGACCCCAGAGUGAGUGUCAUCCAUGAGGGUGGAGGACCCGGGGAGAGCGAGGAGGAGUCUGACUCUGACGGCCCCAUCCUGUACAGAGACGACGACGACGACGACGACGAUGACGAGGAAGGCCCUCCGAGUGGGCUGGCGAGCCGCGUGAAGAGGAAAGACACAUUAGCCCUGAAGCUGGAGAGACAAGAGCGAGAGGAAAGGGAGGCGCAGGAGAACCACGAAGACAUGAGCUGGCACAACAGGGACCAGUGGGUGGCAGUGAGGAACAGGAUCGGUACCACACUGAACCGGCGUCUGAGUCAGAGGCCGACAGCAGACGAGCUGGAGCAGAGGAACAUCCUUCAAGCCAAGAAUGAAGCAGAUCGCCGAUUAGAGAGAUGCGAGAUCAAACGGAGGCUCACGAGAAAGCUGUCGCAGAGACCCACAGUGGCCGAACUCCAGGCGAGGAAGAUCCUGCGCUUCCACGAGUACGUCGAGUCCACCCACGCCCACGACUAUGACCGGCGAGCGGACAAACCGUGGACCAAGCUCACUCCUGCUGACAAGGCUGCCAUCCGCAAAGAGCUCAACGAAUUCAAGAGUUCCGAGAUGGAGGUUCAUGAAGAAAGCAGGAUCUACACCCGGUUCCAUCGGCCUUAGCUGUCCACGCUGACCAAUAAGGCACUUAGACUGGGAGCAGUGAGGAGGCGCAAGCCCCUCUUCCCCUGCUAUGAACUGAACGUGUGGCCCAUUUGGUCUGUUUUUUUAUUUUAUUACUGACUGCCUGCUAAUCUGCUUCAGCUGAAGACGCCCAUAACUGGAACUGAAGCGAAAGAGGCCGCGGAUCAGUUCAACCUCAGGUGGUUCUCCAGUUCUCAGACUGGAGUUCAGGACAGGAGGAGUUUGUCGGUGCGUCCAUGUUGGAGGCACCCGGUGCCAACACUAAAAAGGGGCGAGGUAGCCCGCCCUCCCGCCCUCCCUCUGCUGGGGGGUCAGAGAGCAUUAGAAUGAACUGAAAGGAUAACCAUUGGAGGGUUAUCACACUCUCACCAUGCCUUUACCUGCCUUCACAUUAUAUUCUCUCUCUUCCUCUUCCAGAACAGGAAGACUGUGCACAUAAAGAGGUUCUAUAACACUGUCGAUGGUACCACCAAACUAAUCUGGACUGUUUAAACACUGUGUUUAUAUGUUAGGUACUACCCAAGCCUUACUCCUCACAUGAUCUCACACUUAAGGUUCAGACAUAAUGUGAAAGACUUCCGGCGUACAGGAGUGUGUUUCUUAUUUAAACUCACUUGUAGCUCUAUUUGAAUCAACAGUUUGCGCUCUGCGUGUAGACCCCCAGAGCGCCGAUUCCAAACUAAUAUCCGGAAAAGCGUGCAUUUUACUGUAUUUUUAAAUGAUUCUCAUGGAGCACAUUAUCACUAGAUUAUUUUCUAAUAAGGCACCUUAUGUUCCUUAAUUGGGUGUGUAGAAAAUGGAAAAGUCUUGAGCCUAUCUAUGUUUAUAAUUGAAUUAUUCAAGCAGGAAAAUGUACAUAUUUUUAUUUUCCUGGCUGUUUUAUGGUACUUUAUAUAUGUAAGUCCAUAGUUGGCUGCAAUUGUAUAGAUCAACUGUGUAGAUUUGAUUGACUUUAUAUUGUACAUCCACAGUAAUGCUGACCUGUUUUAAUUGUAAAGUAUUUCUCAAAUGUUGUUUCCAAGUAGUAAUGAGACAAAAUAUUUCUUUUUUUUUUUGAUACAGAGAUCUUUAACAUGUUUUUGCAAACCACACUGAAUACAUGAACAAUCCAUUCAGAAAUUAAAAUAACUUGUGAUUUUCAUUUCAA